AUGGAGCGGCGCCGGGGCUGAGCCGGGCGCGCACGGGCUGCCGCAUGUGCCGCGCGGGGAGCGGCUGCAGAGCGGGCGGAGAGCGAACACGAGAGGCCCCGUCGGAGCGGCAGCCGGAGCAGCGCCGGAGAUGGGAGAACAGCCCAUCUUCACCACCCGAGCCCACGUUUUCCAGAUCGACCCCAACACCAAGAAGAACUGGGUGCCUGCGAGCAAGCAGGCCGUCACAGUCUCCUACUUCUACGAUGUCACAAGGAACAGCUAUCGGAUCAUCAGUGUGGAUGGAGCCAAGGUGAUCAUAAACAGCACAAUCACACCCAAUAUGACUUUCACCAAAACAUCGCAGAAAUUUGGGCAGUGGGCCGACAGCAGAGCCAACACGGUGUUUGGUUUGGGGUUCUCCUCGGAGCAGCAGCUGACAAAGUUUGCAGAGAAAUUCCAGGAGGUGAAAGAAGCUGCCAGACUAGCCAGAGACAAAUCUCAGGAGAAAAUCGAGACCUCGAGCAAUCAUUCCCAAGCAUCCAGCAUCAACGGAACGGACGAUGAAAAGGCAUCUUCAGCGGGUCCUGCCAACACACACCUCAAGUCUGAGAACAACAAGCUGAAGAUCGCUCUGACACAGAGCGCUGCCAACGUGAAGAAAUGGGAGAUCGAGCUGCAGACCCUGCGGGAGAGCAACGCCCGGCUGACCACGGCACUACAGGACUCGUCGGCCAGCGUGGAGCAGUGGAAGAGGCAGUUCGCCCUCUGCCACGACGAGAAUGACCGGCUCCGGAACAAGAUUGACGAGCUGGAAGAGCAGUGCAGCGAGAUAAACAGAGAGAAGGAGAAGAAUACCCAGUUGAAGAGAAGAAUUGAGGAGCUGGAGUUGGAACUCCGAGAAAAGGAGACGGAGUUGACAGACCUCCGAAAACAAAGUGAAAUCAUACCUCAGCUCAUGUCAGAGUGUGAAUACGUCUCUGAGAAGUUAGAGGCGGCAGAGAGAGACAAUCAGAACCUGGAAGACAAAGUGCGCUCCCUGAAGACGGACAUGGAGGAGAGCAAGUACCGCCAGCGCCACCUGAAGGUGGAGCUGAAGAGCUUCUUGGAGGUGCUGGACGGGAAGAUCGAUGACCUGCACAACUUCCGCCGGGGCCUCUCCAAGCUGGGCGCCGACAACUAGGGCUGCGCGUGAGUCCCCAGGGUGUGUGUGACACAGAGUAGCACUAGGACGUCCUCCCGUUCACGUGGCUUCUGUAAAUGCAGGCGCGGUUUGUCACGUUUCCAAACCAGGGGUGCCGUCCACUCUCUCCUCUCCAGAAUAGAAACCUCCCCUUGCUUCUCUGGCCUUGCGAGGUCAUGGACAACUGGACGAUUCUGACUCAGGAAUCCAGAACUAGGUCUACCUUAAACAUUUACGCAGUCAGGGCAGGGAUGUUUAUAACUUUCUUAAGGGCUGUUGCAACCAUAUGAACUGGAAAAGUAUUUUCUAAUUCAAGUAUGAAUACCCUUUCCAACUCCUGUUUUUUUGAGUAGCGUUCAGAGUGUUCGAAUGUUCACCAGGCACCAAUGCGUGGGGCGUGGUGAUAGCAGUUUUCCUCUCAGUAUAUACAGAGAUGCUUUAAAGCAACCACUGAGUAGAGACUUGUCCCAAGAGAGAAAACGCACUUCUGGUGGAGGCGUUUUCUGGCAGGGGAAUCGCCUGCAUCCACUCCGCCCACUUCCACCCGCCCCCAGUUUGUAGGGUUGCGACAAUGUUCCUUUUCUUGGUUUUAAUUUCUGAGCAGGUUACUGUGCUGUGGGGACAGCAUGCAGCGAGGGUGCCUAGCACAGUGCCUGGCACAAAGUAGGUGCUUAAUAAAUAUUUGUUCAUUUAAACGUAUAAACAGAAUUUAGUGUUUUCAUCACAUCCUCAUCAAGCCCCUGUUGGACAGUCCACCGUCCUGGUGCACUGGGUUGUUAUCAGGCAUGUAUGUGACUUUGUGGACAGACUCGUGGGUUGGCUCAGGUGGCCCUGGGGCCAGGAGGGUGGCGGUGGAAGCAGCAGGAGCUGGUCUGAGGCCCCCCCCACCAGCAGCCCAUCCAUGGUGCUCUGCCCCUGGGGGCCUCUGACACUGAGAUCACCCUUCCUUUCCAGGAGUGAGGCCUGUGGCCUAGGGAUUCUAGGACCACUGACUGUCCCUGGUAUAGGGGCUGCCCAGGGCUUGGGAUCUAGGGUGGGAUCCUCUGUUGGGUUUAGACAAUUGAAAAAGAAAUCACACAGGCCUGUGAGGGAAGGAGUGGGCUCAAAGUAGCUGAGCCUUGGCCUUAGAGGAGUUCUGCCCAGGUCUGCCUCCCCCUGUUCCUGCUAAGGAAGGGACCAGAGCCAUGGACCUCUUCUCUCUUACUGAGUUUCUCAGUGGGGCCAGUGGACAUUUCAUUUGCCCCAUGCAUGGCAAGAUGGUCUGAAUCCCUGGCCGUCGGCAUUUCUAAAUCCCUUUGAAGGAGGGGGAGGCUUUGCCGCCCCCUUACCUGCUUUGAGGACCACUAAGAGAACUUCCCCCUCUAGAAGGAUUUUCUCACGCAUUAGAAUUGCUCCCUGCUGAAUUGUUCAGAUAAACAAUAAAAUAGCCUGAGGAGGUGGGUAGGGUACACACGGAUGUGACCCGGGCCCCAGGGUGACUUUACAAGUCCUGCUGCUCUCUUUCGUGUAGCUGAGACCAUCUCCCUGAGCAGGGAGGUCUUCUUUAGGAUGGGGAAAGCACCAGGACAUGUAGGGGAGACCCGCAGGCUGAGUGGGGCAGCUCUGGUGGAGUUCACUGGGCUGGUGGCAGAUGGAAAUGGAAAGCGUGGUCAGCCCUCCUGCUGAUUUGUGACUGGGCGCUGCUGGCCCUGCCCUUUCCCUGGAGCUCCAGAUGGCUCUCAGGACAGUGGUCGCAGCUCUACUGACCUGGAGAUCAGAGAGCUGGGCUGGCCGUGAGUUGGCCUUGUGGCCCAGCAGGGGCUCAAGAGGAUUCUUCUCAGGCUAGGCCAGUCCACCUGCCCAGGAGCAGCAGACACUGGCAUUCUGAAACCUCCGCUUGGGUCUUCUGAUGCCCACCACCCCUGUCUAUGCGGCAGCUUAUUCAUCCAGAAGGAGCUGUCUUGACUGACUGGACAUGCUCAGGUGACGUAUUCAUCCGAGGAUAGAGUUGUCAAAGCUGCUUGCACAUUCCGGGCAGUGACUGGAGAAACUAGUGGCAGCAGUAGAGCCAUUACCACGGUGGGCUGCUGUGUCCCUGUGCAGUUGAGACCCAUGACCCCCGCUCACCAACCGUGGAAGAGUUUGGUGAGCGCUUGUAGGCAGUAGGUGAGGAGCUGAGAGCCCCACGCUAUGUGGCCCCAGCCAGCUUUACACCAUGCAGCCCCGGAGCUAAGAGCAGUAGGGGCUCCUCUAAAGGAGAAGCUAAGUUGGGCUCAGCAGGGAAAGCACACCUUUACAAAA